GUAUAUCCAUCUUAUCAAAAAAAGUAAAAUUAUUGUAGUUUUCAAAAUUUAUAUCACUCGGUAAAUGUUUCAUCCUUCAGUUUUAAAAAUCAUCCGAUAUGAAGAAAAUAUUAUUUUUUACCCUGGCGGAUCUCGAAAUCGGAAUGUAUACGCUGAAUUCGUUGUACAUUCGUUACACAUUGGUUAAACAUUUAGUUGGAGUGAAAAUUGUGUAGAAACUGAGUGGAAACUGUGGAAAAGUCUCUUUUUGCAAGUUUCAUCACUUUAGAUUUCAUAAUAAUGUUAAUCAUAAUAAACACUCAAUUUCGAAAAGGCUUCUUAAUUCAACUCAAAUUGCUAUUGAAAAAGCACCGUAUAUGGCAGUAGUGGAAGCUGAUAAAUCCUUUCCGAGUACUCACCCAUUCGCAACGGCAGUAAUUAUUUCUAAUCUAUUUUUACUUUCCACAUCAGAAUUUUUUACAUUACAACAAGGAAAAAAUAUGAUAGCCUAUAUUGGGCUAAGUAACAUAAAUUUACCUAUACCUGAUGAUGUUUUUGAAGUUGAGAAUGUCACUAUUAAAUUUAAUGGAAAUAAUUCAUAUUCUGAUGGCCUCGCUUUAAUUAGAUUGAAAAGAGAAAUUCAUUUCAAUUAUCGACGUCGACCAAUAUCUCUAAUUUCAACUAAUGAAUAUAUUUUUGGACUAAUAGCAGAAUUUAGUGUUCUUGGUUAUGGAUAUAAUGAUAAAAAUAAUAAAGAAAAAAGUUUGGGAAUUCUCUCACGUAGAACAAUUUGGUUAAACACAAGGGAUGUUAAAUUAUUGAAUCGAAAUUUUUCAAUUUCAAUUAAUCUACAAAUGUGUCCUGGUGAUCAUGGUGAUCCACUUAUUAUAAAAAAUAAAUUAAUUGGAUUCGCUGUUAACAGUAAUGAUUGCGAUACAAAUAAUAAAUGGAAUUCUAAAACCAUUUUUACAGGAGUUAAACGUUUUUACAAGUGGAUAAAAGAUACAGUUGGCAAGAAAAAUUUCACUGAUGCUUUAAAUAAAGCUUAUCCAAAAAUAUCUUCAAAUUCAUUUCUUGAUUUUUCAUAAAAAUAUCUAGAUGUACAAUUAAUUUUAUUUUUCAUUAAUGACAUUAAAUAAUAGUGAUAAUAAUAUAACUACAAUUGAAACUAGUUUUAAAUUAAUUUAAUUUAAAUAGUAAGAACUAUAUUUUCUGUAAUUUCAUUUGUAACACCAAUUAUAAUUAUUAUACAUU